AUGGCAAUUGAUUACUCUAAAUGGGAUAAAAUAGAAUUAUCUGAUGAUUCAGAUAUUGAAGUUCAUCCAAAUGUUGAUAAACGUUCCUUCAUUAAAUGGAAACAACAAAGUAUUCAUGAAGAGAGAUUUAAAAGAAAUAAUGACAUAAAAACAUUAGAAGCUCAAGUCACAAUGUAUGCACAUUUAAAUAAACGUGUUGAUAAGCUAUUAUUAGAAUUAAAAGAUGAAGAUUUAAUUUCAACUGUUACGGUCUCAAAAUAUUUAAAUGCGAAUUUUGAUAAAAAUGAGAAAAGUACUGGUGAUAAUGUUGACCCUGAUAUUCCAACUUUCAAUGAAAUGGUUGAAGAUUUAUUUGAACAGUUAGCUAAUGAUGCUAAGAAGGAAAAUAAAGAUCCAAAAGAUGGUAAACUUAUUAGAGAAAUGAUUUCAAAACAUAGAGCUAAAAUUGAUCAUGUUACUAAAGAGGCAAAAGAAAAACUUAAUAAAUUAUAUAUUGAAAAAAAUUCGCAUAUAUCAUCUGAUGAUGUUCAUACUGGUUUCAAUUCCAGUUUUUUAAACAAAAAGGAUAAGAAUUCUGAAACUAGUUCUAAUAAUGUUAAAGCUAUGGAAAGUUUAAAAGAAGCAUCAUCUACAUCUAAUACUAUUUCAUUACCAAAACCUAAAUUAGAAUUUAUCGAAUAUAAGGAUGAUGUAAUGAAACUUGCUCCUGAAACUGAAAAAUUUGGUGAAAUUACUGUUGGUAAUUAUAAGCAAUGUGAAAAUUAUUUAAUUGAUAAUAUGCAAAUCUUAUCUGAACAACAAAAGGAUGCAUUAAUGAUGAAAUCUUUUGAAUAUGAAUUAAAUGGUAACUCUACUUUAGCUUACCAAAUAAUCCAUCAAUCUGAAUUAAUGUCAUAUAUUCGUGAAAUUUACGAUAUUCAAAAAAUUCCAUAUUUAGAUGUUAAUAAAUUAAAAGAAAUUAUUGGAAUGUUUUUCAAUAGAGUUCUAUUAAAUACAGAAAAUCCUAAAGGUAAACAACAAUUUUUAGAAUCUGUUCAAACUAAAUUUGAGCAUGUUAAAAAUCGUUGUAAGAUUAUGGAACAGGAAGAACAAGAAGAAAAUGGAGAAAUCCAAGGUGUUGAAACUAUUCAAUUAAAGGCAUUAGAUGAUUCUACUGAAUUAGAAGUGAAUUUACCAAACUUCAAUUCAAAAGAUCCAGAAGAUAUUAGAAAAGUUGAAAUUUUUAAUAAAUUACCAAAGGAUAUGCAAGAUGCAGUGAAAACUAGUAAUUUAGAUAAAGUUAAUGAAGUUUUUGCCACAAUGAGUGUUGAAAAGGCAGAAGCUAUACUGGAAUUAUUCAAUGAAGCUGAUUUGAUUGGUAUUAAGGCAUUAUUGGAUGAUCCUAAUGAUUUUGAAAAAUUACAGGAAGAAUACAAUGCUAAUCAAGUUCAAUUUGAAGAUUUAACUUUGGAAGAACAACAAGAAGUUUUAAAACAAGCUGAGUUACAAAAAUCACAAUCUACUGAACCAAGUAAUACUUUAUCAAAUAAUAACGAAACAUCUACUAAUGUUGAAAAUUCCAUCACAGAAAAUAUUGAUAUUCCUACAUCGGAUAUUGUUGAUUAA